UUUCAUUCUUUCUUUCUCUUUUUUCCCUUCUCUCUCUCUCUCCCUCUCUGUCCAUUCCCCGUCCUUCUGCUCCUGUUGGUCCAUCAAUGAGAGUUUCACAGAGCUGGACAGAAAGACAGAACGACUGAGAGGGAAAGUCAAUGCAGCUCUGAGCAGGGGGAAAGUCCCUGGAGUACAAAGGAGAGGCAGGAGGAAAAACAAAUUGCCAUCACCUCUGUAGAGUCUGAUUGGAACAAAGUGACAACAGCUGACAGAGAUCUGCUUUUUUCCCCCUGCAGUUCUAGUUCUAAUCUGUUCAUCUUCUAAAACACUCUGGAAAUCUUGGGAACAAUCAGCUGCAACUCAGUCACACAAACUACUUCAAUCAGCUCAGAUUUCCAGAGGAGUCCAGCAUCUUUCCCUUCCUUUAUUUCCCGUAGACAACCUGAGGAAGACUUUUUUUCCUGGUUUGACCCCAGCAAUGAUUCCCAUCAUCCCCUCCUUCCUCCUCGUCCUCCUCCUGGCCACUCCGGCCCUCCAGACCCCAUCAACCUCCCAGGAGUUACAGGUCAGAGGUCAAAGGACAACUAGGGACACCAAGCAGGACUCCAUCAAGGUGGUGAUCUCCGAAGGCUGGGCCACUCAGGGUGAUUCAUCAGAUGUCAGCCAGGGAGGUAAAGAAAUCGACCUGAUUCCCGGUUCUCCUCUGGUCCUGACCCAUAAGAUCAAACUGGUUCCAACGGGUCCAGGUUCAGGAUCUUGUGGCUGCGAGGCGGACUUUGCUGCCCUACGGGAGCGUGUGGAGAGGCUGGAGAGGGAGGUGUCGACCCUCAGGGAGAAAUGUGGAGGACCUGAAGGAGGCUGCUGCACCUCCAAGGAGAGCAAAGGUGCAGGUUGCUCCAUCAAACCCGAAGUUGACGAGUGUCCCAACGAGUGCAGUGAUCAGGGUCGCUGCGUGGACGGCAAGUGCAUCUGCUUCCCUGGUUUUAGUGGAUCGGACUGCAGCGAGUCUAACUGUCCCGGAAACUGCAACAACAACGGAAGGUGCGUGAAUGGACAGUGCAUCUGCGAUCCUGGUUUCACCGGUCCCGACUGCUUGCAGAGAAGCUGCCCCGACAACUGCAACAACCGAGGCAGGUGUGUGAACGGCAGGUGUGUGUGCGACGCUGGCUUCACGGGUCCCAGUUGCUCGGAUGAAUCCUGUCCUGGAAAUUGCAACAACAGGGGGCGCUGCGUCAACGGACAGUGUGUGUGCAAGCCUGGAUUCACCGGCCCAGACUGCUCCAAGAAGGCGUGUCCUAACAACUGCAGUGACCGUGGAAGGUGUGUAAACGGUAAAUGUGUGUGUGACAGCGGCUUCACUGGCGCGGACUGCUCAGAGAAAUCAUGUCCAGGAAACUGCAACAACAGGGGGCGCUGCAUUGACGGACAGUGUGUCUGUAAUCCAGAAUUCACCGGGCCAGACUGCUCAGAAAGAGCCUGCCCUGAUAACUGCAACGACAGGGGUCGCUGCAUCAAUGGACAGUGUGUCUGUAAUCCUGAAUUCACCGGGCCAGACUGCUCAGAAAGAGCCUGCCCUGAUAACUGCAACAACAGGGGUCGCUGCAUCAAUGGACAGUGUGUCUGUAAUCCUGAAUUCACCGGGCCAGACUGCUCAGAAAGAGCCUGCCCUGAUAACUGCAACAACCGUGGGAGGUGUGUAAACGGUAAAUGUGUGUGCGACAGCGGCUUCACCGGCGCAGACUGCUCUGAGAUUGCCUGUCCUGGAAACUGCAAUAACAGGGGGCGCUGCAUAAACGGAGAGUGCGUUUGUGAUGAUGGUUUCAGCGGCCUUGAUUGCUUGGAAAAAACAUGCCCUAAUGACUGCAACGACCGCGGAAGGUGUGUUGAUGGUAAAUGUGUGUGUGACAGCGGCUUCACGGGUGACGACUGCUCUGAGAACUCCUGCCCAGGAAACUGCAACAACAGGGGGCGCUGCGUUAAUGGACAGUGCGUUUGCAAUGAUGGAUUCACCGGUGCAGACUGCUCUGAAAAAGCUUGUCCCCAAAACUGUAGCAAUCGUGGGAAGUGCGUGAAUGGGAAGUGUGUUUGUAACGUGGGCUUCGCCGGGCCGGACUGCGCCGCCAAAGGCUGUCCCAAUAACUGCAACAACAAAGGACGGUGCGUCAAAGGGAGGUGUGUCUGCCGGCGUGGGUUCACCGGAGCAGACUGCAGCCAGUGUGAGGAGGGGAUGACCGGACCCAACUGUGAUACCGUCAUGUCAGGAGUUUCUCAGCUGAGUACUCGGGACAUCACAGAGACGUCUGUCACUCUGGUCUGGACUCCACCUCCCGUCCAGUAUGAGAACUACCACAUCACCUUCACCAGCCAGAAGGAGAGUGAUCAGCAGAUUACUGUGCAGUUGGAUGGCAGCCUGACCACCUAUACCCAGAAGGGCCUGGCAGCCGGUCAGGAGUACACCGUCAGUAUCACCGGAGAGAUAGACGGCAGGAGAGGAGGCCCGAGCUCCGCUGAAUUCACGACCCUCAUCUCCGGGCCCACCAACCUCCAAGUCGUCAAGACGACCUCGACGUCUGCGGUGGUCCAAUGGGAGCAGUCGCAGGGUGAGAUUGACAGGUACCGUUUGACCGUCACACCCAACGACGGAGCAGGGAGGAGUGACGAAAUCACCGUCCCGGCCGGCCAAGACUCGGCCCACAUCCAGCAGCUGGAAGCAGGACGUUUGUAUGACGUCAUACUUGUGGCGGAGAAGGGCACAAGUCGGAGUGCACCAGCAACCACCCAGGUUACCCCCGGGAAGACAUUACCAAGGGUUACCACAGUGGCUUUGCUGAUGCAGGUCACACCAGCACCUGGACGAGAUGUUGGCGACAGAGACCAAGAGUUCAACCCAUCGCCUGAGGUGCAAGUCUUUGACCAACAAGGGAGGAGAGAGGAUGAGAGCAUGGCUGCCUCUGUAAAAGUCAGAGGCAUCACUGGACCUAACAAAGGCUCCACAGCUGUGACUGCAAGAACAAAACCUCUGGUCAGCAGAAAGUUGGCAAUAAAUGGCACCAGGGCCAAACUCUCUGAAAGGCCCACAUUGUCCAAGAAGCCAAACGUCCCAGUCCAUCUCCGUUUCAAUGCAAACAGAGAUGUGCCUGGAGGGAGGAAGGUUGGCCCAGGCCCUUUGAAAAAGCCCCCAGUGGGGCAGAAGAAGGCACCAAUAGUACCCAAGAAACGUAAACCGGGUGUCCCCACUGCUGGAGACAAGGCAACAGCUUUGACUGAAAGAGACCCAAAUGUAGAGGUAUCGAGCACUGGGAGGAGGGAGGACAAAAAUCCAGCUACAAUGUCCGUGAAUGAUUCAGAUAAAAACAGACAAAGUAGCUCGGAGGAACCAAUUGUUGCUGUUGGCUCCAAAGAGCAACCAGAUGUUGGCAUGGCAGGCCUUGGAAACGACACUGCUCCAGUGUCUUCAGAGCCAACUGGGAGUGUUCAACGCCAAGAGAAGAAAUGUAUGGACAAAAUUAAAGUGACACACAUCAGAUUACCCCAUAAGGACAGAGGCAACGGGUGUAGAGGGGGUGGAACAGGGCUGGUAGGAAAGACAUCAAGCUCACAUCAAGGUUCCUCUGAAACAGAUGAUACCCCUGAUUUAAAACCCUCAUCUGCAGAGACAGACCUCGACUAUUCACCAGAUCCUUUACAUAAACUCCUGACAGACACUGUUAAAAGUUUGAAUAUCACAACAUUUUCUGUUCACCUGUCCAAACCAUCAAACCCUUCUGUUGAUUCCGAAGGACUGAGGAAGCAGAUUAUAGGUGGACUGAAGCCAUUGUCGUCAUUCUCUUCCACGUCAUCAUCCUUAUCAACCGCACAAUCAUCAUCACCACAUUCUUCACCUUCACCAUCACCAUCAUCAUCAUCUUCAUCCUCAUCGUCUUUAGCAUCACCUUCACUAGUUUCGUCUUCAUCAACAGCAGCACCAUCAUCAUCAGUAGUAACAUACAUGGUUUCGUCAUCACCGUCAUCCUUGCUAUCACCUUCAUCAUCAUCUCCAUCACCCGCGUCAUCCCCCCUUUCCAGCACAGAUAAAUCAGGUUCAGACCGAAGCAAUGACCUAGCAGUUGAUAACAGCAAAAGUACAGCUGAUGUUGCAUCACCAGAAGAGAGAAAGCCACCACCCUCAGGAAAAGGUGUCAUACCUCUUUUCCGCCGCACACCUCCAAAAUCUGGAUUUAUACGUCGCCCACGCCCAAACUUUGCAUCGUUGCAGAAUAAAACCCUUCCACAUUUGAGAGAUUCUCAAUAUUCCCCUGCUCGUUCAAACGUCAUCCCUAGAAGAGAGACAGAGACCAAACAUACAUCCAUAAGUGAAUCAUCAUCUUCAUCUGCUUCACAGCAAUCAUCCUCAGUUGAGGUAAAUGCAUCAGAGACGAGUGAAGAAGUACAUGGAGCAACAACAUCUGCACCCUCUGAAGUUGAGCAAAACCAGAAAAAGACACCAACAGAAAGAGGACGAAUCCCAGAUCGUCUUCAUCCUAUAAAGGGGGGAUACUUGCGUAACCCCACUCGAAGAUUUGGACCUCUUCUUAACCGAACUCGUCCAAAUUUGAGGUAUCUGCCUCCUCCCUCUACACCUUUAAAUCCGCAGACAUCAGAAACAAAGAAUGAGCUCAUAUCUUCCACUGAACUGCCAGCCACUUCAUCCUCUCCUCUUUCUGAAGAAUCCUAUCCUGGUGAAGGGACAGGGCCAACAAGAGAGAAGAAUGAAAACAGAGUUGGGACAAGAAUGUCCUCCACACACAUGUCCACUGAGUUCAAUCACACCCUGAGAAGCAGUGAAGUGCCUUCGUCCCAUCGCCCAACCACUAAAAUCGAUUACAUCCCUCGCGUGCAACCUUAUGGUGGACGUGUCCAAAACAAAAACCGAACAAACCUGAGACAGUCUCAAUACCCACAUAGAGGUCCUGUACGCAGGCCUUUACCAACCAGAAAGCUAAAUGGAGGCAGUAACAUUACUACUGGAAGACAAAUUAGCCAGUUAAAAAAGGAUAGUUUCCUUGAUAUCCCAGAUAAUCGAUUAGGAGAGCAAGAUACCCCCAUUCCUACACAAGCAGCCCAAAUUAGACAGUCAUUAGAACAAGACACUGCAGGGGUAAUUCCAAGUGCCCAGUUGGAUGGUCAUGACAGUGCUGUGAGACCACAGACUAACAAAUUAAAUGGAGGCGACAGUGUUCCAACCCAAACUACCAGAUCUGGGGAAGAAGAAACUAGAAUCCCAGAUUCUAACUCUGACCUGUAUAUAGAGAGAGCCAAUGCUGGAAAAAAAACUGGGGCGACAAGUCGAGGUGGACCAACUACCAAACAAACAAGACAUGGAGGCCCAAGACCAGUCACACUUUCGAAGAGCGAUCCACCAACAAGAAGUACCCUGAUAAGACACCACAUCAGUGGGAGCCAAAGGAGAGAGUAUACCAAAACAAAUAAUACUGCAAAGAGGUUAUUUGACCAUAAAACUGAACAGACAAGAAGUGCUGACUCCAAACCUGUGACAGGAUCACAUGUUCCUUCUUCCGGAGUCACAAGGGAACCUCUGGACUAUGUGGGAGUGACAAACCGGACCUCAGAUGGAUUUACGCUCAUAUGGGACACACCAGAAGGGAAGUACAAAAACUUUGUUGUGACAAGGAAAGAAGUUGGAAAAGAUGAAGGGCCCAAGCCGAAGGGAAGCAAGAAAGAUCAGGAAGAACAACUAGAAGACUCUGAGAAAGAGGGUCGCAAUGAAGAGGAGGAAGCAAAGCCAACCAAACCAACCAGAGAAACGGAUUCAGGAAAUGGAAGCAGUGAAGAUGAAAAUAGAGUACCUGAAAGUGUUGUUACACAAGCUCCAAGGAUCCAAAGCAGCACCAAACCCAAACCUGUAACAGGAAGUGACAAAACCUUCAAAAAGCUUCUUCCCGGUUCAGCUCGCUCCUUCCAGUUUGAGAAUCUGCCUCCUCAGACCGAGUACACCGUGACCUUGCUUGGAAAGGGUCCUGGCCUUCUGUCCAGACUGCACAAGCUUGUCAUCAGUACAGGCCCGGAGCCACCCACCGACAUAGUCUUCAGCGAGGUGACGGAUCGGUCUCUGACGGUGUCGUGGACCAAACCCAAGACUCCCAUCAGUGGUUUCAAGGUCACCUACACCCACGCAGAGGAUGGUGAGCCGGUGUCCGUGUCCGUGGACUCAAACGAAUCCACCCUCGACCUUUCACAGCUCUCACCUGGUUCUUCUUACGAGGUCAGCGUCAUCUCCAUCCUCGGACUGGACGAGAGCGAUCCAGUCAAAGACGUUGUAAUGACACUCCCUGACCCGCCUACAGACCUCCGGGCCGUAAAUGUCACAGACAACAAGGCCUUGCUAUUGUGGCGUCCAGCGCUGGCCGCCAUUGAUAAAUACGCCAUCGUGUAUGGCUCUGGAACAGGUUCAGAGUUGAGGGUAAGUGUGUCUGGAAACGCAGCAGAGCAGCAGCUGAGCGGUCUGGAAGGCUCCACCACCUACAUCGUCACCAUAACCAGCCAGCAGGGCAGCCUGGAGAGCUCAGCGACCACCACCAUCUUUACCACCGCGGGUGGCUCGGGGAAAGAUGGGGAUGCGCCACACGAUCUCCAGGCUACUAAUGUGACCCCUCGCACCGCCGUGUUGUCGUGGAAGCCGCCCUCAAAACCCGUAGGUAGCUACAGACUGACCUAUGAGACCGAAGGUCAGGAAAUGAAGGAAGUGAUUGUGGAUGCCGCGCUAACAGAGUACAACCUGAACAGACUUCAGCCUGGGUCGAAGUACACGGUGCAUCUUCAGGCCGAGGGAGGAGGACAGUACUCUGCUGCCAUCUCCACUGACUUCACCACCGGCACCCUGAGGUUCCCCUUCCCCUCCGACUGCUCUCAGGUGCUGCUGAACGGCGUCAGGACGUCAGGCGAGGUGGAGGUUUUCCCUCAGGGGAAUCUCGGGAAGCCGGUGAUGGUUUACUGCGACAUGGAGACGGACGGCGGAGGCUGGACGGUCUUCCAGAGGAGGAAGGACGGCUCGGUGAACUUCUUCAGAGGUUGGAAGGACUACACUAAAGGGUUCGGGGAUCUGAGUGGAGAGUUUUGGCUGGGCCUCGAGAGCCUCCACAACCUGACAGCGAUGACCAGGAUGAGUCUACGCGUCGACCUGCGAAACGGAGACGAGUCGGUGUUCGCUAAAUACUCGACGUUCGAGGUGGCUACGAAGAACUACCAGCUGACUGUGGGCGGGUACAGCGGCACUGCAGGUGACUCCCUCAGUUAUCACAACCACCGGAUCUUCUCCACCAAAGACCGGGACCCGGCGCCAUUCAUCACCCGCUGUGCCAUGUCGUACCGAGGCGGCUGGUGGUACAAGAACUGCCACGAGGCGAACCUCAACGGCCUCUACGGCAUCGGCGUCAGACACCAGGGUGUGAUCUGGACCACCUGGAAAGGAAAAGAGUUUUCCAUCCCGUUCACUGAGAUGAAGAUGAGGCCAGCAGCCUUCAGUCCUCCAACCACAGGAUGAGCGAGAGAGAGAAAGAGGAUAAUGAACUGCUAAACACAUGCAUGGGCAGCAGUGUGUCAAAACAUUUACACACACACUCAGUUUUAUAGGGAGCCGCGUUCUCAGAAGAGAUGAAGACGUAUUUUUUCAUUUGUAUAGAGGUCAGUUAUCAGUAUGUUAGAGUAGAGUGUACAGUUUUUAUCUUUUCUUCUUUAAAGCAGCCCCGAUCCCCCUUGAUGUUUAAAUUUCACCCAACUUACAGAAACACAAAUUUUCUACCCAUGCCGAUAGUUUAGGAUCACUUUUACAGGUGUAAAUGAAGCUGACGUUUGAUCACUUUUUGUCUGAAGGUUGGUCGACCAAACCUGCAACUCAGAAGUGACUUUCUGUCUGACUUUUGUUUUUGUUUCUGAGAGCUACACAUGCAGUAAAGUACAUUAAUCUGUUGCAGGUCGAGCAAAAGCUAUUCAGGAAAUAAUGAACAGCCUUAUUUUGAGCUUGAUGUAUUCUUCACUUUAUCCUGUGGGCUUUCUUUUGUUUCAUUCAGACCAAUACAUAGAUUUUUAAUUAAAAGCAAGUUCUCAAAAAUGUCUGAUCAAGUCCUCCUGAAGUGAAACCAAACAGGGGAUGUGGUUGUGAUUUGAAUCUGUAGAAACCUGUGCAGCAACCACAGUGGAAGACUUUCAUUCAUGACUUGCUUUAAAGCUCGGCAGCGCCCCCUGCUGUUCACUGUAAGCUAUAGCCGAUGCACUGCAGCCCUUCAGUAGAUACACUCUGUGGGUACAACCCUUCAGCAGGUGAGUGAUGGAGAGUUUCAUCCUCUCAGUGUUUGUCUUUUUUGUAAAUCCUUCCGUGUUUUAUUUCCCUUUUUAUGUUGCCCACUAAAAGAAUAAGAUAAUAAAAUGAUUGAAAAUCAAA